AUGGAGGCAAACUAUGGCAUUUUGAAGCGAUUGACUCUGAAGGAACUAUUUGGAAGCCCGAGGCAGAUAGCGAGCAACAAGACAAAAGCAAUGUUAAUAGCAGAGUUGAUGGAGGGAGACUGGUCCCGCAACUUUCACAAUAUGCCCGCAACUGUGGAAACGGAAAUUGAUCGUGAAGUUCAACGCCGGCUAGCGUUCUACAGCUGGAACCCCUCGGAAGAG